GCUACAUUAUCUCAAAAUGUCCAACUCAUUAGAUCUAGCCAUCUGCUCGACCUGUGGAACGCAGUAUCCCACAACAUGCGAAUCAUCGUGUAAGAUAUGCGACGAUCCAAGACAGUUCAUUCCUGCGACUGGACAAUCCUGGACAACACUCCGCACUCUCCAAAACACCAAAACAUAUCAUAACGAAUUCACCCCAGAUUCAAUCCACAAGGAUUUAAUCUCCAUUCACACCGUCCCGAGAGUGGCCAUCGGCCAACGUGCCUUACUAUGUCGUACGCCUACCGGUAAUCUCCUCUGGGAUUGCAUCACUUACAUCGAUGAUGAGACCGUCUCCAAGAUCAACGAGCUAGGCGGUCUGAAAGGAAUUGUUAUCUCGCAUCCACACUUCUACACCACGCACCUUCACUGGGCGGAGAUCUUUGACUGUCCUGUUUAUUUGGCGCGGGAGGAUAGAGAGUGGGUGGUGCGCACGGGGAAGAGGCAGGUUCUUUGGGAUUCGUCACGGUUGCCGGUUCCUGGGGUGGAUGCUGAUUUGGUGGCUGUGAAGACUGGGGGGCAUUUUCCUGGGAGUUCGGUGCUGUGGUGGAGGUCGUUGAGGGUGUUGUUGGUUGCUGAUUCGAUUGGGGUGGUGCCGAGUGGGAUUUAUCAUGUUGGCAGGUUGCCUGGGACUGUGUCCUUUACUUUUAUGUGGUCUUAUCCUAAUAUGAUACCUCUGCCUCCAGAUGAAGUGCAUAAUAUCUGGAAGGCCGUCGAGGAUUUGGAUUUUGACGAUAUCCGUGGUGGCUUCAUGGGAACGGAGGUAAAUGGCAAUUGUAGGCAGCGUGUGCUAGAGAGUGCUAAGAUAUUCGUCAAGUCUAUGGGUCAUCUCGAACAUACAAUUCAUGAGGAACAGUGUCUUUGAAACGAGCGCUAUGGAUAUAAAAAACAGCAUGUACAGACUAGUAGAAUGAACAAACUCCCAUGUCCGUCUCCAGCGAUUCA